GUUUGUUCAAAAGAGGAAACGGAAACACGAGCACUACCAAUAAGCCUGUAAAAUUAGCAUUUGAUGCUAUCAUUUAUCUUCGACUCUAGCUGCUUGAUUUGAAAUCAUUAUAAGUGCGGUAAUGCUAGUGUUUUGUGUUAGCUGCCUUGCUGGCUAUAGUUAAAUACUAAACCGUCGCUAACCAGGUAAGGUUAGCAUACCUCCGCCGUUAGCUUGGCUUUUGCUGCUGUUUUGUUGACACCUAGCUGCAGAGAAGAAUCCGAAGCUGUUCGCCAGUGUAAGAGGGACUGAGUGAUUAUGGCUGACCCUGCGAGGAUCAAAGCUGAUGGUGUACCUGAAAGACCAACGUCUGCUAGCGAGGAGCAUCCUGACGUUACACCGGAGGAAACUGAAGAAGUGCCAUCCACAUCGAAACCAGAUGAAAACAAAGAGUCGUCCUCGCAAGAGCAGCCCAAACAGGAGCUUAAACCCGAAAUAGCAGGAGGGGAAGAUGAGGAAGAAGGAACGUCCGGCCAACCUCCUUCCAAAAGACUGAAGGUGGAACCAGAGAAGAAAAAGGAGAAGCGCCACAAGGUUGAUGAGGAUGAAAUACAAAAGAUGCAGGUAUUGGUGUCGUCAUUUUCUGAGGAGCAGCUGAAUCGCUAUGAGAUGUACAGACGUUCUGCCUUCCCUAAGGCUGCUAUUAAGAGGCUGAUCCAGUCCAUAACAGGAUCAUCGGUGUCCCAGAACGUGGUGAUUGCCAUGUCUGGUAUUUCCAAAGUGUUUGCUGGGGAAAUUGUUGAGGAAGCAUUAGAUGUCUGUGAGAAGUGGGGAGAUACACCACCACUACAGCCCAAGCAUAUGAGGGAAGCAGUGAGGAGGCUGAAGAGCAGAGAUCAAAUUCCAAACUCCAAGUACAAGCACAUCCUCUUUCACUGAGGCACCUGUGCUUUCAGUUGUAUUGGGACUGCAGACGACUCAAAAGUGGUGCCAUUGUCUCUGAAAACUUUGUAGUGAUGUCUCUGUAGGCAUACUGCAGGUAAAUAGACACUGAUUGUUCUGUCGUAACAAAGCAGCCUCAAAGUCGGAGACUUCUGUGUUACAGAAUGGUCAGUUGUUAACAUGAAUGCUUCAUGCAACACACAAUUCAACUUGUGUAAAAUUGUGUUCAUGUAUUAAGGUUGUAAAUAACAGUGUGUUUUAUACUCUUCAAAUGUUUCAAUCUUCUUCCUCAGUCAGUUUAAAGAAUCAGAGAAGUUUGGAUGAAGGCUUUUUUUUUUUGGAAGUUCAGUGUGAGUGAGUGUUUAAAUCAUGAGUGUAUGCAUUUCGUUUCUUCUCAUAGCUCACAAGCACACAUAAAGUAUUGAUUUCAUCCAAAUGUUUUGGUGCUUUUUGAAAUUGUAAAAUCCUAAGGUUUUAUCACUGGAUGACUUGAGAAUUGGUUUAAGGUUAUAAUUAUAUGCAACUUAGUUGGAUUAACAUGAAAAAGUUUCAGGCAAAAUUUGUCUCAUCAUCGAGGUCCUCUGUGAAUUAAUUUAGUUUGCCUGGCAAUAUGAAAAUAAAGAACUGUGUUUCAA